AGUUGGAAAAUAACGCAUGCGCAAAUGAGCUUCCGGUAAGGAUCGGCUCGUGAGAACAGACGCCGGUGCUAGCUUGGCUGCUAACGGAGCGGUCCUUGCUUCCUUCCUUCCAGUGAUUGACACCAGAGGAGGGGAGCCGCUGGACGGUCCAGGAUGGGGCGUUCCUCCAAAGACAAGCGGGACAUCUACUACCGUCUGGCCAAAGAGGAGGGCUGGAGAGCCAGGAGUGCCUUUAAGCUGCUGCAGCUGGACAAUGAGUUCAACCUGUUCUCAGGUGUGACCAGAGCUGUUGAUCUGUGUGCAGCACCAGGCAGCUGGAGUCAGGUUCUCAGCCGCAAACUCAGAGGCGGGGAAGGGGGGGAGGAGAAGUCUGACGGGAGGGAGAAGGUGAAGAUUGUCGCGGUGGACCUGCAAGCCAUGGCUCCUCUGCCAGGAGUCACUCAGAUCCAGGGAGACAUCACCAAGGUGUCCACAGCCCAGGAGAUCAUCCGUCACUUCCAGGGCCAGCCGGCCGACCUGGUGGUGUGUGACGGAGCUCCAGACGUAACCGGUCUCCAUGAUGUGGACGAGUACAUCCAGGCUCAGCUCCUGUUGGCGGCUCUGAACAUCACCACACACGUCCUGAAACCUGGAGGAACCUUUGUGGCCAAGAUCUUCAGAGGGAAAGACGUCACGUUGCUGUACUCUGAGCUGAAGAUCUUCUUCAGCAGCGUGACCUGCUCCAAGCCUCGCAGCAGCAGGAACUCCAGCAUCGAGGCCUUCGUGGUUUGCCAGAAAUAUUCUCCUCCCGAGGGUUACGUCCCAAACAUGUCCAACCCUCUCCUGGACCACUCCUACGAUGUGGACUUCAACCAGCUAGAAGGUCCAAACCGUGUCAUUGUUCCCUUCUUAGCAUGUGGAGACCUCAGCGCCUUUGAUUCAGACAGAACCUACCCCCUGCAGACUGGAACCAGUGCAGAGUACCAGUACACCCCCCCCACCCAGCUGCCAAUACAGCCUCCAUAUGAGCAGGCCUGCCACCUUCGCAAACACAACUUGCUUUCUAGAGAGGAUGCUUCCCAGAGCCCGGAGGAACCAGAACCAUCAGCUGCCCAGUAGGACUCUCACUGGUUGCCAUCAGGAGGACGUUUCAAUGAUGUGACCUUAGAGGUUAAAGGUCAUCCAAUGAUAUAAUCGAUUUCUGUUUUUAUGUCUUUAGAAUAAAAGUAAACUUUGACAUCAGAGCAUAAAUUCUCAUUGAAAGUUCAACUGCUGAACAAUGUUUCUGUCCAUCCAUCUACCAUCCAUCCAUGCAACCAUCUAUCAUCGGUCCAUGCUGGGGCCCUCGCCAGUUCAUCACAAAGACUCAGUCCUUCCUGCUUCAGAGCCCUUAGCCUAGCAACUAUAUUUCAGGUAGCAGGAGCACCCAGAGUGCAGCCUGUGUGCUCAGGGAGAACCUGGAGUAGCUGAACUGAUUGUGGAAUAUUUUUCUGAAGACGUCCUGAUUGGUUCUCCUGUUGCCCAUUACUGUCCAAUUCCUUCAAUACGACCCCAGCGCCCUGUAACUGCUGGAAUAACCAAACACUAGUGAUAAUAUGACAUGAGCUAUUCGAGGCGUGUCUCCAGUAGUGGAGGGGGCGUUCCCACGAAGUAAGGCUUGGCUUAUGUAGGAGAGGGGCCAGAAUCAAUGAUGUCCAAAGCCUUGCUACCUUUUCAUUCCAUGUGACCGCUUCAGAAAAUUGGUUCAGCUCGCUGGAGAACUUUGACAGGCAUUUAAACAGCCUCAUUACUUAGUCAAGAUCUGGGAGUUUUUAGUACCAUGGUUACAUUAUUCAUGGAAACCUGGAGAAAUAUCUGCUUCCACAUGUGAAAAUGAGCCGAUGGUACGGAUUGUGCUUCCACUACAGAUCGGAUAGUGACGCCAUAGUCAACAUUGACUGUUACAGCUCAGAAAUUACGGACGCCAUCUUGGGGAGGUCGACUUGCAACCCUAAUCUUCUGGUUUAAGCAGAAAAGAAGAAGGAUGCCCCAGCAAUGCAGCGUAUUUUUGUUUUAAUCGAUGGAUUGUUGACGUCAGCGCUGGAGGGAUUACUUUACAAGACAUUACUAAUAAACAGCAUAUAUAUAUAUAUACUCUAGAUAGAUAUAUAUAUACUCUAGAUAUAUAAAUAUAUAUACAAAAUUUUACGUCUCUUUACUGUCUUUAAGUUAUUCUGCCUUUAACCCAUCCCCUUGGGGUGGAGUGGGCUGCCACUGUGUGGCACCCACGGAGCAGUGUGGGGUUAAAUGUCUUGCUCAGGGACCCAGAGGUGCAGUCUGUGGGAAU